AUGUUUUUUCAAAUUAUUUUGGCAAUCUUUCAUGUUUAUCAUGUUAUUAUUGCUAUGAUUGGUUGUAGUUUGAACUCUUUACUUAUAUAUUUGGCUAUGUUUCGAAGUCCAAAGGCUAUAGAAUCCUACGCAACUUUAAUUAUCAAUUUUGCCCUGACAGAUUUAGUUGAAUGUUUUCUAGAUUACUUUUUACAAAUCAGGUUAGCUUGUUGAAUCUUCGAAAGUUUAACGGUUUUCGAAAAUCAGAUUAAUUCCUGCUCCAAUGGAUGUUACCCUAACUUUCAUCCUCAAUGGUCCUUGUCAAUAUUUUGGCGCCAAAAUCUGUUAUGUUUCCUUGAGUAUAUUUCUUCAUUGUAUUCCGCACGCCGUUUGGUCACUUUUAUUAUCAUUCGGUUAUAGAUAUUAUAUUUUAUUGCAUCCUGCAGUCAAAAGGAAUACAAUUAUUUUAAUAGUUUGUAUUAUUUAUCUACCAUCACUUUUCCAAGGAGUAAGAAAAAUCAUUUGGAACACAAAGCACAUAAAUUUUUUUUUUCAGCUGACUUAUUGGACUAAUUUUGUCGAGCGCGACAAAAUCUUGCCCUAUUCCAAAAAAGUGCUUCCGACGUAUGAUUUCGAUUCGGAGACUGGUGUUAUGACUGGAAUCAUAGAUAUAAAAACUUGGACAGCAAUUUAUGCAAUAAGUCACAUGGCUUUUCCAAUAACACCAGUUUAUAUAAUCAUUUUUAUACUUCGCAAAAAAAUCAUAAAAUAUCUCGAGGCAAAUGAGAGAAUAAUGUCGAAAGAGACAAAAGCAGUGCAUUCACAACUUUUAAAAGUUUUGACAAUUCAAGCAAUGACACCUGCUUUUAUGUGGAUUGGUGUCACACUUUACUUUAUUGGUAAAUGAAUUAAAUUGAAUUAAAUAUAAAACUCAAAUUCUUCUAGCCCAACUUGGAAUCUAUAAUCAUCCUCUUAUGGAAUACCUUAUGUUUGGAAGUGUAAUUCUGAUGCCUACCGUAUCCCCAUUCGUUUAUUUAUAUUUUGUUCGACCAUACAAAACAUUUUGCACAAGGUUUUAUUUUUCGUGAGAAAUCAGAAUAUAAUUUUUGUUUUUGUUUUCCAGACUUCUUCAGAAAAUUGGAUUAUUGCGAAAAUCACGUGUGACAGACAAUUCCAAGAAGAUUAAUUUCGAUUCAGGAACAGGAUUUGCAACAAAUAUAUCAACUCUUCCACCAAUUCGUGGAACUACAAGAACUGCGGAAUGA